GUUGACGAAUUUUGACAGAUAAUUAGAAAGCAGUAAACACGUGGAAGUGUUUUCAUAAAAUGAGUCUUUAUAUUCUGACUAGAUCAGCUAAGAUUUCGACUUUUUUCACAAGAAUGAUUGAACAAGAAAAAGAUAAAAAGGCUCUCAGAGCUAAAUCACAGAAGGAAAGGUUUCAAUAUGGAGUUCAAAAUGAAUACCAUACAGGUGACAACUUCAGAAGGAAUUCAGAUUGGACACCUGACUAACAGUAACAACAAUGCCUAUACCUCUGGUAUGAUGAGUGACGAUAUCAGUGAACCCAGUUCUCCAGAGAGUUCAUUUGAUGCCAACGACUUAUACAGUAAUGCUGUUGCUGAUGAUGUUACAGCACAGUUGGCUGCUGCAGGGCCUAUUGGUGUAGCAGCAGCUGCUGCCAUUGCCUCAGCCCGGAAGAGGAAACAUCCACAUCACUUUGAGACAAAUCCCUCAAAACGUAAACGACAACAGACCAGACUUCUCAGGAAGUUGAAGGCAACCAUAGAAGAAUACACAACCCGAGUUGGACAACAGGCCAUUGUGUUGUGCUGUACUCCUGGUAAAAUGUCACAAUCUGUUCAUGCAUAUAAAGUUUUUGGAUCACAACCUCUUGAGAGUGUGAUAAGAAACAAUAAACCACUGAUUCUUCAGGAUUUGGAGACAUCUUUAGCAGAACAAGCUCCACCAAGUCAAACAGAUAAUUCUGGUUUGCAUGAGUUACCUCCCCUGGUGAUUGAUGGUAUUCCUACACCAGUAGAUAAAAUGACACAAGCCCAGCUGAGGAAUUUUAUCCCAGAAAUGUUAAAAUACUCAACAGGUCGUAGUAAGCCAGGCUGGGGAAAAGAAGAAUGCAGACCACCUUGGUGGCCUUCUGAUUUGCCAUGGGCUAAUGUCAGAAGUGAUGCUCGCACAGACGAGGAUAAAAAACGGGUAUCAUGGACUGAAGCUUUAAGAACAAUUGUUAAGAACUGUUACAAACAUCAUGGAAGAGACGAUCUUUUACAUGUGUUUCAAGACGAUAAUCAAAGUAGUGCUAAUCAGACGCACCAUGUUCACCAUCAGCCACAGAACUUUGGUGGAACAAUGGUACAGACCAUAAACAAUCCUGACGGUACAGUGUCGAUUAUACAGAUAGAUGCAGCACCACAGUCAAUCGUCACUUUACCAGACGGCACACAAGCCACUGUUGUACAGUGUAUAAAUACACCUCAACAUGAGGCAACACAAGCAGUACAGACAUUGGCUGAAUCCUCAUCCAAUCAAAAUACAGAUAUGUCACAGUCAUUUAACAGUCAGAUUGGUACUGUAAGUCUAGAUAUGGGUGGUGAUAAUCCUUCACAAAUGGCAGCUCUUCCAAUCAACCAGAAUGGUCAAAUCGUAUUUACAAAUGAUGGACAGAUAGGAGGAAUAGUAACUAUUCCUGUAUCCAUGUACCAGUCAAUGACUGGGACGUUAACGGCCAUUGAUCCCUCACAGCUGUCUCAAUCAACACCCCAACUCACACCACAACAAAUACAACAUAUACAACAACAGCUGCAGCCUCAUCUUGCACAACACCUUGGUCAGAUAACCAUGGUUUCGGCACCUAGUGAAACCUCUCCUAUGGACAUUAAACCACAAACAUCAUCAGUACCUGAUGCCACACAGGCUGUAGAAGUCAUGACUGUUGAUCAGCCACAGUGAAUCUUGUUGUUUUGGUGCAUAAUUAUAACUUUAUGUUUUUAAAUUGUUGUUUUUGGCUUUGACAAAAAAUGCUGUGUUCCCAGUUACAGAGACGAGUUAAUUUUUACUUUGUAAGACUUUGUUUUGUAUGUUACACCUGAAAAUAUUUCUAUUUUGAAUUAAGAAAUAAUUCAUGGAAGCCAUAGAUUUGUUGGAAAUUUACACAUGGCCUGGGCCGUGAUAUUCGAAUUUUAUCCUGAGCGUUAGCGAGGGAUAAAAUUAACGAAUAUCACGGCCCAGGCCAUGUGUAAAUUUACAACAAAUCUAUGGCUUGCAUGAAUUAUUUCGAUUCUAAUAGGACAAAUACGGUCAUUAAAAAACUGAAGCGAGGGUGGGUAUGCUGUGUGUGUGGCUGUUCUUUUUUACUCCCUGUUAGAUAAAGCUAAAACAUUCUAAUAAAUCUGUAGCUUGCAUGAAUUAUUUCGUAAACAACCACUAGAAAAAUGUCCUAAAUUCUUUUAAUUCUCAAACCCAACAUUUGCAUGUUUUUCUCGUAAGCUACCGUCAAAUCCAAAGUUGACAUUUCGUAACUAAGGAGCCGCCAUGUUGACUUGCUGAAAUCAGUAAAUAUGCGAAUAAUGCAAUAAAAUAGAAAAUAAAACAACACCUACCUCAAAAAUCCAUUUUAAUGGAAUAUUAUACGAAUUUCGAUGGUUCACGUAACGGAAAAACCUUCAGCUUUAGUGUUUUCAUUUGUAUGACGUCAUGUUUUGAAAUGACUUAAAUGCGCCAAAAGCAUUAAUGGACUUUCGCGGAAUUUUAUUUUAUUUUGAUUUUGUAGAUUUCUCUGAGCUCUUGUGCAUUAAUUCUUUUUGUUAUGCAUCCGAAUAAGAAUAAAAGUUCUGUAGUCUUUUUUCAAUUGCAAUUUUAAAAAAAAUAAAAUCGGCAUUGCGUUUGCAAAUAGGUUCCAAUACAUGUGGAUUUACGAGGGAGGUAUAUUGUAACAUCCAUUAUUAUAUAUAUCUCUGAGUCUGCGCUAAGUAUAGAUAUAUCGAGAAUUUUAUCAUGGUGUUGUUUACAAAGCGAAAGAAGCACGUCAUAUUAGAAUAGAAGACAGUGAACAUAUAGAAUUCAUUGAAAAUAUUUGUUAAAAGGUAGCAAUAUCUUAAAUUCAAGCACCAGUGUCUGUAUUUAGGUUUUAUAAGAGCUAUCUUGAUUUAGUCUUGAAACAAUAAGGUUUAAAGUAAACAGUGCAUUCUCGCUUUGGUAGGGUUUAUGUUGCUCAAUCUUUAGUUUUCAGAGUAUUGUUUUGUAAGCUUGUUUUUAUACGCCCAUUUAUGGGACGUGUUAUGGUAUACCGUUGUCUGUCUGUUUGCCGUCCUUUGUCAACAUGUCGGACAAUAACUCAAAAAUGCUUUCACCAUUUUUCAUGAAACUUAGGUGAAUUGUUUAUAUCUAUUCAGUAUUGACAUUAUUUUCAUUAUGCUUUUUAAUUUUUUUAGAAGGUAAAGAACUUACAUUAUUUUUAAUGUCAAUGAAGUUUUGUUGAGGGUCCCAACCAUUUAUGUAAUAUCCUUUAUGGACACAAUUGAAAACAUUUUUUCUGCCAGAAAAAAAAUCAAAACAAAUGACCAGAUAUUGCUAUAAAAAUGUUCCUGGAAACACAGCACUUUUUCCUUGGCCUUAAUUGUAUUAUACUGGUAAUUUAUGUGCGAUAUGAAAUAAUACGAUAUAAUGUCACAAUUUUUAUUGGAAAUGCUAUUAAUUUUAUAUAAAAAAUUGUAAAUAAAUAUGAUUUAAAUGUA